AAAAUGGCUGUAUACCUUACAGCAAUUGCUAAUAGUUUAUCUUUGAACAUAAAAAAAGUUACGCUUCAAUUGAUUUUGACAGAAGGCGUUCAGAAGAAUUUUGGAAGCGAAAACAAAAUGUGUGCUAAUGCGUCUAUAGGUCAGAAGUCUUCAUGUAUAUUUUGUAAUAUCGCUAACAAGUUAGAGAACACUGAGAUCCUGUAUGAGGAUGAGGAGGUGUGCGUCUUCAGGGACAUUAAACCAGCUAGUGACUACCACAUACUAACGAUACCAAAACGACAUAUAGACGACGUGAAAUGUCUCACAUCAGCUGAUAAAGAGCUUGUUCAAAAAAUGUUGGCUACAGCCAAAGAACUAUUAGCUAAAAACAACUUGUCGCUGGAGGAUGCCAGGUUUGGAUACCACUGGCCUCCGUUCAGGAGUAUAAAACAUCUUCAUCUCCACACUAUAGCGCCCGAGUCUAAAAUGGGUUUCAUCGGCAACAUGGUGUUCAGAAAGAAUUCCUUCUGGUUUGUUUCCCCGGAAUACAUAGAGUCGAGACUUUAAGAAUAGUCCAUGGAAAUUAUAUUUCGGGAGCGGCGGUGAUAAUUAGUGAUAUUGCUCCACCUUCAGCUGAAGAUUGAGAUGUCCGACUCAAACCAAGGUGUUUGGCAAUUUUCAUAGAUAAUUAUUCCUAUUUAGGUAUACGAAUGCAAACUUAAAACUAUCGGUGUGUAGUUUUAUAGUGCAAACACAUGGUAGGGCCUACAGUAUUGAAUGUUCUCAUAUAUUAAUGGCUCAAUAAAUACUUGUUUACAUAGGAUUUAAAGACAUAUAGCUUGACAUUUUACUGAGGUGUAAAUUAUAAUAAAAUUAAUUUAUA